UCACGUUCCUUUCGCUGUCGUACAUUCUUCCUUCGAACCACACACGUUUCGGGAGUUAUAACAAAAAAAAAAACACAGAAAACAAGUGAGACAAGAUGAUGUUGGUGCCACUGGCCGUGGUGCUGAUCGCGGCGCUCGUCGUCGCUGAGCCCGCCAUAAACGAAAUUCGGCCCCAGAGCAACAGACCAGGAAGAUUCCUCUCCCUCCCCGUGCCGCAGAAGUGUGCAAACCGGCCGAAGGAAUUCAACUUCAGAGGCCACAACUACUUCUACAGCGGCCAUAUUCCCGCCCACGCCAACCAGAGGGUGGAUUGGUUAGACGCCAGGAAUAUCUGCAGGGAAUACUGCAUGGACCUCGUGUCGAUAGAAACUCAGGAUGAAAACAACUUAGUUUUCAGACUCAUUCAACAGAAUGAUGUUCCUUACAUUUGGACAUCCGGACGUGUCUGUGACUUCAAGGGUUGCGAAAACCGUCGUGACCUCGAGCCUAAAUCUCUCUACGGUUGGUUCUGGUCCGCCAAUAGGAAGAAGAUGGCGCCAACUAACCAGGUCCCGGAAGGCUGGAGCUUCAACCCCUGGUCCCAAACCGGGCACAAGAAGGUUAAGCAGCCGGACAACGCUGAAUUCGACAUAAACGGCACCAACGAGUCCUGUAUGUCUGUUCUGAACAACGUUUACAAAGACGGAAUCAGCUGGCACGACGUAGCCUGCUAUCACCAGAAGCCUUUCGUCUGCGAAGAUUCCGAAGAACUUUUGAACUAUAUCGCCAGCACCAAUCCUAACCUUCGUCUCUAAAAAAAGGAAAGGUUCUGAACGAACACCCCCCCCCCCCGCGUCCUCAGCACCCUGCCCUCACCGGCCAAAAGAAAUUGAAAACAAGAACCAUUGUGAAAACCUUCCCUCUACAAUAAACAACUAUUUA